AUGGUCCGACUCUCAGAUAACAGAUGGGAUAUUGGAAACGGUACAAUGGGAGAUGCGAAGAGGAAGAGCGAGACGGAGAUGGAGAAGAUAUCGAAGGUAGCGAAGAUAGAGAAGGUAGAGAAGGAACAAGCGAGAUCCGCUCUUUUCGAAGAACUACGUGACGAUCUCUUCCGCGAAGCAGCAAAACUCGUCGCGUGUGACAAGAUGUUAAUUCUGCAAAAGCAGUUGCAAGUCAUUAGAGAAGCUGAAAAUUCUGGGAAUCAGGAGGAUCUAAACAACGACAAAGGUGAA